UUUGGGCUAUUAAACGCUGCAUCGUCCCUGUUCGCCAUUUUGGAUUGGAGUUGGGGGAGUCGACCUUUGAACUAAUUGUCAGAAAUCUGCCUCCAUCCGUCCCUGCAAAAUUCACAAGAACAAACUCAUCUUACUAAAAUACAGAACCCAUAAGGACGGGCCGAGGGAGCGGACCGUUCCCUGGGUGCAGUGCAGCAAAGUGCUCAAUGACUUCUCCUCGUCAGCAUGUCCACGGUUUCGGGGCUACCUUCAAAGGGGGAGAAAGGAAAGCCAAAGUAUCUGGCAUUGGACAUAAAUAAUAUCUACAAAGGAAAAAGCUUAGAGAACCCUAAAACCUCGGCGGCCCCCAAACAUGGCUUGCAGUCAUUGGGGAAAGUUGGUGCGGGGAGGCGUAUGCCACCUCCUGUCAACCUUCCAAGUCUAAAAAGUGAGAACAGUGGAAACAAUCCUAAUAUCAGCUUAGUUCCAAGUGGAGGUCAAGGAUGGGGGAGUGCGGGAAAAGAGAAAGGAAAGUCGCCCGAAGAAAACAGCAGUGGCCCACAGCAGCAGUCACAACACUCACAAUCACCUACUUCGCAUUCACAAGGACCGCCUGCAUCAAAGCAACCACAGCAGCCGCAGCCGCAGCUGCAGCCGCCGCAACAGCAGCAGCAGCAGCCGCCGCCGCCGCCACAGCAACAGGCACCAGUGGCCACAAACACCAGUGCUCCGGGGGGUCCGGGAAGCGGGGGAACUGUUGGGGUAGGCGUUGGCAGCAGCGCUGGCGUCAAGACCUGGAGCAGCGUGACAUCCAGCCAAGAGGGUGGUGGUCCAGAACGCAACUUCUUGGGCCAUCAGUCGCCAUUUUUUCCUCAGGAAUUCCCCAAGCUAGCUGGUGGCGAUGUGCCCAUCGACGGGACCCAGAGGUCGGCGACAGACUCUCAAUAUGGGCCUGGCCCCAGCCUGAGACCGCAGAUGGAAGGGACCUGGAGCCGGGGCACACUGCAGCAGCAGCCGCCACAGCAGCAGCAGCAGCAGCAGCAGGCUCCGGGGGGCGGCAGUGGAGGGGGUGGUGGCGGGCAGGGCUCUGGCCCACCCGGCGGCCUGCCUCCGAGCAGUGGCAGUGGCGUGAACGGACAAGCAUCGUUUGCACCUCCGCCAAGGGGAGCCCUCCCCUCAGGUGUGCCGCCCGGUGGUGGACCUCCUUCGUCACCAGCACAGCCCUCCUAUAGGCAGCAGGCGGUGCCACCUUUUGUACAGCAGGUUUAUGGACGUGGAUUUCCUGGAAACUAUGCCCCAAGCUACUCUGGUGUGCCUGGAGGUGCUCGCCCACCCUAUGCUUACUCAGAUAGUAGGAUUCGAGGCAUGAGAAAUGCACCUGAUGAGGAUGGCUACCAGCGGCCUGCUAUCAUCAGUGAAAAAGACCUCAAAGGGUUCGAUGAAAUUCUUCAGAAUGACUCCCAAGAUGGCUGGGCAGCUGCAAAGGGAGACAUUGACUACAAUGCCAAGUUGGUGUUCAGUGAUGAAGAUGAUGCUGGGGGCAGCAGUCGGGGUGCAGCUUCCAAAGGCUCUGACAUUAUGCCAGUGUCUGAAAGUGGCAAGCCUGUGGCCAUGAAGGGUUCCGAGAAAGGCGAGUGUAGGCCUCCGGGACCAGCAGGACCGAAGCUUCCUCCAAGCCGCAGUCGGGAGCCUGGCUGGGAUGCCUCCUCCGGGCAACAGCCAGGCCAGCAGCGCGCUGGCCGGGAGCCACCUCCUACACAGGCCUCUGCUUACGUGGACAGGGAGGAACGUGGGCGCAAGGCGUGGGGUGCCCCAGGGAGUGCUGAGCUGCAGCCUCAGCCUCCACCGCUGUCGCAGCAGUCCCAGCAGUCCCAGCAGGCCCCACCGGCACAGGCAGCUCCUGUGCGCCAGUGGCCGCAAUCCCCGCAGGGGGCACCGCCUCCCACAGCAGCGGCACCCCGUGCUGCAACUGGUGCUGCCCCAACCAUGGACUAUCUAGCUAGGGGCACCCCUCCCACUGCUACACCUCCUCCUGCCAUGGCGGCUGCUAGCUUCCCCACAGGACGUGUGGGCCCUCCUAUGCCCCCCCAACAACCAUCACACCAUUCUGGAUUUGGUGUCAGCCCAGUGGCACCAUCUCGAGGUGCUAGUCGCCAAGGUCUUGACCAGCUGACUGGUGACGAGGAAGAACUGUGGCGGCAGCGACGGCAGCAGCAGAAUGAUGAGAUGGCGGUGACUGUGGAGCGCACCAGACAGCGCAGAGAAGAGGAGGAGAAGCGUUACGAGCAAAUCAAGCAGUCCUCCGCCGCCACGGCUGCUGCCGCCAACGCUGCCGGCCAGCAACAGCAACAGCAGCAGCCGCAGCAGCAGCAACCCAGUGUGCCUGAUGAGUCCACAUCUGUGCCUGCUGAAAAGGAAGACCUGGAUCAGCGCUCGUGCCAUUCAAGCGAGAGCCGGGAGGAUGUCCGAGGAGGCACGCUGCUGCCUAGUCGUGAGAGGCCAGAUUUUAGGCAGCAGUCAUCGAGUGGAUAUCAGCAGAAUUAUCAGCGGCCAUUCAAGAAUAUGCCUCCACGAUUUCUCAAGAAGGCUGAGAUGCAGCGUCAGCAGCAGCUAAGGCAGCAGCAGCAGCAACAGCAGCAGCAACAACAGCAGCAGCAACAACAGCAGCAGCAACAACAGCAGCAGCCACAGCAGCCGCAGCCACAGCAGCAGCAGCCACAACAGCAGCAGCCACAACAGCAGCAGCCACAGCAAACAAGUGGUGGCUUGGCUCCACCGCAGACCUCCUCGAGCCUAGGAGGCAUGGGCGGUGUGAGCUAUGACCCUCGUUGGGUGGCCAUGGGAGCAGGAGGGCCCUACCUGAGUCAACUGGGUAUGGGCCCUUUGAAAGCUCUCGGUGGCCAGCGUCCCCCUGAGCCAGAGGGGGGCACCCCCUAUCCCAGUGCCGAGGAUCGGCCCUAUGAGGCUCGGGAAGCUCGGCCACUGGAGUGCUGGCCUCCUGGGGCUGGACGUCCUGCUCCCCCACAGGCAGACCGGCCCCCACAGGCUCUGGCUCCACCCAUGGCACCGCCACAUGUGCCGCCAGGUGGCCCAUAUGACAACUGGCGACCAUCUGUGGCACCUGUGUACUAUGGUGGCCAGGUUGCCGACUUCGGCAGGACUGCUCCCAGCUAUGAGCAGCGGUUGGAUUUCCCUCCGAAGAGGUCGGACAAAGAAGACGUGCCUUUUGACUGCCGCUCACGUGGGGAUUCGUUUAGAAAAGAAAGAGACUUUGAGGACAAACAGCAGCGUGAAAAACGUGAGAACAGAGAUACUAUGGGAGCCUGGUCCAGCACAAGAGAGUAUGAUCAAAGAGUGGCAAGAGAUAAAUGGGAGCGAGAGACUCAGCCCUCGAGGCCUGAUAGCAGGGACAGUCGUACAAGCAGAGAUUCCCUUAGGGAUGAGAGGGCUAUGCCUCCCGCUGAUCAACGGCAAGAGAUGCCAUUGCAGCAAAUGGAGCCGCACCGUCUGGCACCUGAGCGGGUGAAGGAUAAACCGCAGGUGCCCGAUUGGUCUGACACUCCUUACUCUGCCACUGGUGAAAGUAAGCGGCGUGAUUGGCACCCACACCACCCACCUCCUGUGACUCAGCAGCAGUUGGACAGCGCAGGUCCAAGCAAGAAGAACUUUGUGCCGCUGCGGCGGGGAGGAGUAGCAAAGGAUGAUGGGAAGGACGAUGUCAAGGAAGGAAAGGUUGACGAUAAUUCCCGUGCAGAUGAGGAGAAAGCAAAGGAGACUUCCAAAAAAGAUGAUGCAGAGAAACGUGCACCAGCAUCUCGUUCUCGCGGUGGAAGUGGGGGAAGAUUCGAGGCCAACAGAGGCCGUGGUGGUCGUGGUGGUAAUGGCUACAGCAGUGGCAACGUGGGUUACAGAGGUCGUAGCCGGGAGUACCGUCGCAGCAGGACUGAACGUGGGCCCCGCUUUGACCGCAAAAAGGAUGACGGUAGUGAGGAGAGCUCUGGUGUUGAGGAGGAGAGGCCUGCCAAUCGGUUGCGGCCCAAAGAGGAGGAGAGUGAGGGGUCUGAGGAGGCCUGUCCGGAUUCUGACCGGAAAAAUAGGACAGCAAAAGAGACUGGUCGUGCUCGCGAGCCUCGCCGAGAUGAAGCUAAAAACAAGGAAGAGAAAAGCGCUUUCUCUCCUCGAGGGGAGCCUUCUCGCCGAGGUCGUGGAGGUGCAAUUUCAUUAGGCCGAAGCUCAAGAGGUCGGUACCAAGCUGGGGGUUAUGGGCCGCCUACCUUGAAAGCACCUUUUGGCAAACCAGAGGAAGGCAACAAGGAGGAAGAAGCCAAUAAGGAAGGGUCUGCAAACCAAGGAAGCAAGCCACGGUCUAACAGUAGUCGUCCUGUUGUGAGGCGCCCUAAUCGCAUGGAGCCACUGCCACCACGCUUUCAGAAAAACCAGCCCCGCAGACAGGAGAACCCCGACAGGAACAAGGGACGAGGUGGUCGUGGUGCGGGCCCAAGUAAGGAUGCCCUGUCUGAUGUGGCCAAUGAAGACUGGGAAACUGCUUCUGAGAGCAGUGAUGUGGCAGAUAGACGAGGCCUCGAUGAAGGUGUGCGUCAACAAUCAGGGUCUAAAAAGGGCGCACCCACAAGCUCUAAGGCCCCUGGUGGUGGCCAGGAACGACGCCGUUCAGGUGGAGAAGUACGCCGAGGUGGAGGAGGAGCUCCUGGAGACCGCAAUGGUCGAGGCCCUGUGCAACGCAGAGACUCUGGGGGUGGCGGGCCACCUGCCAGAAUGGGCCGCGGGAGUGGCUCCCGGCCAGGAGGUCGAUCACGCCAGCAGCAACAGCAGCGGCCUGGAGACGUGAGCGCCAAGGGGGAGCCCUCGCCAGCCACCCUUGUGUACCGGAUGGAUGAAGUGAAGCUGCAGGACCCAGUGGGAGUUCAAGCUGCCCUUACUGACCUUGGUACCAGGAAACACAUGAAGAAAUCGGAGCAAGGGCAACCAAAUGGAAAACUUGAAAAAGAGAAACCGAAUGCGCUUGAAGGUAUUGACCUAAGCAACUAUGCUGGUGUCGUCGUUAUAGAUGACCACCCAGCCGUGACCGAUUCUUCUCUAUGCGACGCUGAUGAUGGAGACUUUCAAGAGGUAACCUCUAAGAAACGUCACAAGACUUUGACUGAUGGAGACUCCAAGAAAAAAAAAGAGGCAAGAAGCAAAACCAGUGUACAUGGUCGUCAAAACAAGCUUCCUCCUCGCCUAAUUAAAAAGCGGGAAUCUGAUCGCUUGUUUUCUUCAAAGACUGAGUGUCAGCUACCUGCGAAGACUGAGGGAGGUGCUACAGACUCUGUUGAUUCCCCCAUUACAAAGACUCAGCAGCAUUCUACCUUUAGUACAAAAGAACUGGCUCCAACGGGGGUUCUUCGACCUAUGGUGAAUGCGUGGGAAAAGCCAAUCACUCAUGCUCUGCGGGGAGGCAGCCCUCCGUCAGCUGCCCCACAGUCGGUGACUGCUCCGGCAGUCUCAUCUGCAGAUGUCCUUGUGUCCUCCAAAUCGAGCAGCUUUGACAGAAGUAGUGAUCAGCAUGACAGUGGCAUUGACGUGAGCGACCAGCCAGCCUCAGCAGCAUCGUCUCAGCGCUCUUCACCCAGUAAUGAUGGCAAAGCCCCACUGCUUGGGACCAGUCCCAAAGGCUUGGCAGUCAUGCCUGUUGGUGUGCCACCUGCUGGGACGCGUGACCAUGCUUACAUUAAGGCUGUGGGCGUGGACUCCGGCAAGCCUAUGGGCACUGUCAUAUUUGAAAACAAAAACUUCAAAGCAGAAAACGCAGCUCUGGACAAGUUCGAGUCGCAAACCAAGUCACAGGAACCAGGCAGUUCAAAUGCUCCCAUGCUGGCACCAGUUGCUUCAAAGGCACCAAACGACACUGUUGAGCCUAGCAAAUGCAAGGGAGAAGACAGUGGAGACAUGAAGCUGGACUUCACAUUUGACCCUGAAUUGGCCCCGUUUGGUGAUGACAAGCAGGCCAAGCACAUAGCCAUCACACGUUCCCUGUCCAGUGAAAUCACUUCUGCCAACUCUCCCAUUUCACCUUCUACGGAUGAUCUGAAUCUGAAAAUUGCAUCUGUAAAGAAGGUCUGGGAGAACGUGGGGCCCCUGCCAACAGUGCUGGAGCACGGUGCAGUCUCGGUUGCGGGGGACGACACUGGCAGUGCUGCAGUACAGGCUCCAAGCUUUGGCUCCUUCGGAGGCUCUGCUUCAUCUGAUGCUUCUUUUGCGACAAGCAGCACGGCAACCGAAAACAUGGCUCAGCAGGGUCAAACAGAGUCAACACAGGCAACUAGUGAAGCUGCCUUUGGCUCUGUGUCUCCACUAAAGCCAGCUACGCCAUCCUCCCUGUCGCACCAUGUGGCUUCGGCAGUUGGUGCUGGCCAUCAGCACACUUCUGCCAGUGGUCACCAUCACCACCACCACCACCACCAUCACAACCACCAUCACCACCAGCCACAGGCUCAGCAACAGCCACCAGUGCAGCCUCAGCAGCAUAUGUCUUUGGCAGCCCACCAUCAUCAUUCACAGGCAGCACAGGCCCAUGGUUGCUUGCAGGCAUCACAGCAGCAGCAGCAGGCAAUGAUGCGACAAACUCACCAGGCGCACACUAUGCUGGAUCAGCAGAACUUGUCCAAGGUGAGGGCCCUGCACGCACUGAGCCCGCCACCAACAGCAGCGGCCUCGUCUUUGGCUGGGUUGGACGUACGGGCCAUGGCAAACCUUCAAGUGGCAGGCAUGCCCCAGGCAGUGGCCAGUCCUCCUACUGCCUUGCUGUUCACAAGCACUCAGCAGAUGACUCAGCCAGCAGCACUCUACCAGACACUGCUUCAGGACCCUGUGCCCCGUCCUGUGGCCCACCAGUUUUCACAAGCUACACAUGGCUAUCCAGCUCCCCCACCUUUGGGGUCAUACCAGAGCUUCAACCAAGGGGGCAUGUUUGUGCCCCCUCCGCCAGCUCACUCUGGGCCUGACAUGUUUGCUGCCACUGGAGCAGCUCUGCGGCUGCAGCCAACAUACCAGGCAGGGCCGCCUGUGCCUACAAGCCAGGUGCUGGGCCAGCAAAGCUUGCCAACUGCACAGCAACUGCUGGGAUCUGGCCGGGCGGCUCCUGGGGGGGCACCUCUGGGCACCUCGUACUACCCAUCCCAGGGUGGCUACUACCCUUCUCAGCAGCAGAGCCAGGCGCUGGCCUUUGGCUCACAGCCACCCCUUCAUCGCACCUUCCACCCACCGCCCUUCAAGUCGCUGGAGCUUGCAACUGAAUUUGGUGCCACGCCAACGCCGAAGGCCCAGGCAAGCAAGGCCUUUCCCCCUGGAUCACCCUUUGCCUUUGGCCAGGGCCGGCAGUCUGCGCCACCCACGGCAGCCACCACGGGGACAACUCCCCCGGGGAGCUCCUUGCGGCCACCUGUGCAAGUGCUGCCACUGCCUCCAAACCUGGUACGAGGCACCCCUCCGACAGCGCCCACCAAGUAUCCUGCACCCAUUCAAAGGCCCCAACAGGGUCUGACGCUGACCUCUACACAGCAGCCCCGGGGCCCACCUGCACCUGCGCUACGAGCUCAGCAGCCACCAGCACGUCAACUGCCCACCAGCGACCAGCAGGCCAAGCAGCAGGCUGAGGCGGUCAAACAAGCGCAGUUAUUCUUUGCCCAGUCCAAACCGACGGCCCCCGAGCCAACCGCCGAAGUUGGCCUGGUGGUCAACGAAAGCUCCGACGACAAAGCUCUGCCCCCCAAGGAGGCAGCCGAGGAGUGAGGCCCACCUGCUGGGCUGGGACUGACCGGCGCCUGUACGGCCCUCACCGCCGCUUGGUUGUCCCUGGGAAAUCACGUGCUGACUUGCCUAUUCUCUUUUUGCCUACACUGUCCCCGCCUCCCAUAAAGGACUUAUCUGGUCCAUGGUUUAAUAAAUGUGGUCUCCCCCUAACCCCCUUUUUUACUUUUCGGUCUCCUGUUGCCUUCAGCAAGGCAUCAAGGAUCUGAAUUAAUUUUUUUACAUGUGUGCCGACAUGGGGGCAGUUGGCGAACAAGGGAAUUCUCUGUGUGUGAGCAUGUGUGUGUAAGUGUACAAUGCUGCUGCUGAUUCAUAGCCCCCUUCUCUGUCUGAGAGUUUUUGUCCAUUUCGGAAAAGGGUAAUGAAAUUGGUCUGGCGAGCUUUGGAUAAGUAUAAAUAUUAUACAUAUGUAUAACAAGUGUGUAAACAUGACUGUACUGUAGCUGAUCGUGUUUUUGUGGGCAGGCUUCUGCCACAACCUUUUUUUAAUGAAAAAUAUUUUUGUCUUCUUUUUCUCAAGGGCCUUUUAAUUUGUGCCCAAGUUUUGUGGAUCCUCCCCUAAACGUUUUUGCCUCCUUCCUGUGGUUGAAUGUGUCUUUUUGAGUCUGUGUUUCUGUCCAUACCUGGAAUGGUGACAAAUGUGGUCAGUGGGACCGACACCAUUGGUUCUUCCCUUAUUGCGUAGGAAACCUAACCGGAAUGGUUUCCGUUCACGCCUCGAGCGCUUCUUGUGUGGUUCUUGUGACGUGCUUUUGCUCUUAAUUUAUAUACACCCAUAUGGGAGGAGGAGGAGGCAGGAUCUGUUUUGACCAGGCAUAGCAUAGGGGAUUCCCUUGCCUUGUUUUUUUGAGAAUGGCUUUUUUAAUUUAAUGUUGCAAAGGAGCAUGCACAUUGGAAAUUGUGGCUGCGCUAUUUGAAGGACUAGUUUGCAAGAGAAAGGCAUUCUUGAUGGUGUUGAAAAAUGCUGUGUGCGGUAUAAACAGCAGUGGAUGCACAAUGUACAUUUGAGAGUGAUGUGACAACUCUUCAGUUUAUGCUGUGUAAUUAGUGUCUAUAACAGUAGUAAACUGCCACCAAGUUAAGAAUUGGGCGUUGUCACCACGGAAGUGUUGUGCAGUCAUUUUGCCAUGCAGCAGGCUGAUAUCUGUGGCAAUGUGGUGUCCGUUGAAUUUUGGGGAAAAAGCACCUGUGCUUGGAUUUUUUUUUUCUCCUUUUUUAAAGGUUGUGUGGUGGUUUGUCAUCCGUCAGUUAGCGGUGAGCUGCAUUUAAGUUUGUGUGGACUCUUCUGUUACCUUGAAGGUACUGUAGUUCAGUGUAGGCGCUGGAAGCCAUGUGAUUCAUCUAGGAUCUGUGUGGCUGUCGUAAAUCCUUCCCCUUCUCCUCCAUUUUUUCCCCCUGAUAUGCAGGCACAAGUGUCAUUCUGUGCAUUUUGCCGCCUCGAUUAUUUUCUAUUGAAAAUGUGAUGGGCACUUCAUUGUAUGAGGAGAGUUGCUGUAUGUAGUUUUCUGCAAUAAAGCACUAAGGAUUAUGCA